CCGUUCUCCCCGCUAACGGCUCGCUCUAUAUUAGAAUAUUCUCGAGCUCGAACGACACUAAGUUUUAACCCCCUACCCGAUACUACCUCUAGCCUACACGGCGGUUAUCCCCCUAUUAAAACACACUUAUACGUCGGACGAGAAUACGCUACUCGUGCGGCUAAAGGAAAAAGAGGUAAUAUUAUAGUCCGAAAUUACGACUCACUUCCUAGGUCGAAAUAUAUUAUCCCUUUAAGUUCACUAUUUAACUAA